UCUCAUUUUCAAAUGAUUCCCAUGUUUUUUUUAUUCAAUUUUGUUGGUAGUUGUUAAGCUAUGUCCUGAUGAGUUUUAUGGACAUCUUAAAUGGGUUGUUUUGUCUGCUUCUUGUCGUCCAAGACUAGUCUAGUAGUUGCCCAAAAUAUAAGAUCUUUCUCUGAUUAAGAUCUAUCAGACAUUGCAUGCAUAGUGAUCUCAUCAUGCAUUAGAAUUUAAUUACGAGAUUUCGAUAAGCAGUAAAUUGCAGUACUUCUCGGCUGCCUAAGAAAGGAUGCGAAACCAGCUAUGGUUUACACUGCAGAUGAUUUGUCAACAUGGAAGGAUUUUCCAAAGGGUCUCAAGGUCCUCCUUCUUGAUGAAGACGCCAAAUCUGCUGCUGAGUUAAAAUCAAAGCUUGAAGCAAUGGACUAUAUUGUUCAUACCUUCUGCAACGAAAAUGAAGCGAUUUCGGCGGUUUCAAGUAAACCUGAAAGUUUCCAUGUAGCCAUUGUAGAGGUUAGUACAAACAAUAACAAUGGGGGUUUCAAAUUCCUUGAAACCGUGAAGGAUUUGCCCACCAUUAUGACUUCAAACAUUCAUUGCAUCAGCACCAUGAUGAAGUGCAUAGCGCUAGGUGCAGUUGAGUUUCUUAGGAAACCGCUGUCUGAGGAGAAACUACGGAAUCUAUGGCAACAUGUGGUUCAUAAGGCAUUCAAUGCUGCAGGCAAAGACAUUUCUGAAUCACUAAAGCCUGUUAAAAAAUCCUUGGUUUCAAUGCUGCAUUUACAAUUGAAAAGUGGAGAAGCUAAGAAUGAGGACUCGGUUAAAACCGAAUAUGCAUCUGUCAUUCAUGAAAAUGACCCUGAACCGUCAACAGCAAGUGAUAAGUACUCAGCUCCUUCAAAACCACAACUAGAGCAGAGAGGAAGUUUGUUAGCCGAUGGAGAUUGCCAAGAUAAUACUCACUGCUCGACCGAAAAAGAGAGCUACGAGCAGGGUGGAGAAUCCAAAUCUGUCGAAACUACCAGUGACAAUACAAUUGCUGAAGUAACUGCACCAGUUGGCCAACCUCAGGGACCAAGAGAAACAACAGUAAGAGAGGAGGCUGACUUAGUUGAUGGUACCAAGGGUGAGAGUACCAUAUACUCUCAAACACAAAACGGAGUAAAUAACAAAGAUUCUGAUGCUGUUGCUGAAAUCCCCAACACAGUUUCUGGUAUUCAUAGUUCUUGUCCGAACAAAGCUAAUAGGAAAAAAAUGAAGGUCGACUGGAGUCCAGAACUCCACAAGAAAUUUGUACAGGCAGUGGACCAACUGGGUAUAGAUCAGGCCAUCCCUUCUCGAGUACUAGAGCUAAUGAAAGUAGAAGGCUUGACACGGCAUAAUGUUGCUAGUCAUCUCCAGAAAUAUAGAAUGAAUAGAAGACACAUUUUUCCCAAGGAGGAUGAUCGAAGGCGGCCGCAGAGAGAUCAAAUGCGAAGGAGUUGUUAUCCACAUAAACCGAUCAUGGCCUUUCCACCACAUUACUCGAAUCAUGUUGUCCCGGUUGGUCCACCCUAUCCCAUGUGGGGACCACCUCCUCAUCCAUCCAGCAUCCAGAUGUGGGGCUCACAAGGUUAUCCCCCGUGGCAACCAACUGAAAAUUGGCAUUGGAAGCCAUAUCCAUUGGUGCAUGCUGAUGCAUGGGGUUGCCCUGUUUUUCCCCCACCUCUUGGAUAUUGUUCUACAUUCACUCAAAAUGCAUCUGUAUUUCAUUGUUCUGGCACCGUGGAUAACAGAAGUGGCAUGCCUCAGAAUACUGUUGAACAUCAGCCGGCAGAGGAGGUAGUUGACAAGGUUGUGAAGGAAGCAAUAAACAAGCCAUGGCUACCUUUGCCUUUAGGCCUCAAGCCUCCUUCCACUGAUAGUGUGCUAGCUGAGCUCUCUAAACAAGGCAUCUCCACCAUCCCUCCUCACAUCGACGGCCGUAAUCUAUCCUGAUGUGGCACUAUGUGACUGGUUCGUUCGGACCACCCUUUUUUUUGCUGCACUUUGAACUAUUUCGAGCUCCCAUCAUUCACUCAUGAAAGUGGGAAAAAGAAAAGAACAAAAUAAAAUAAAAAAAAAUGCAUUUGCAAGUACGUGCUGCGUGCACGAACUAUUUCGAAUGGAGUUUUAUAGUUGAGAGA